CUCUGUGCAUUAAAAGCUUGAAUAUUACAAAAGCCAUUGCAAGCUUUGGUUUUGCCAGGACAACAAGGUUGCGUGGAAACCACCACCGAACAAGGAUCACCUCGCAACAUCGGCGCGCUACGGGGUUUCACUGGCCGAUAGUGGAACAUCCCGAGCAAGACAGACGUAGGAGAAGAGGCGGUAACGCGAAGGAGUUGAGCGGGCAGCCAUCGGAGGCCGCUGGUCGGCGCGCGGCGGGAGCAUUAUGGAGGCACAAGUAGUGGAUCACAUGGCGGUGGACAUUGUGGCAAUGACGGCUGCGCAGGCUCUUGCUGCCGAAUCCCCGCUGGUGACCGAAGCAGCCAACGCACAGGGGGUUCUUGCACAAGGAGCUACUAAUGGGCACGAUCUGGAGCACUACGAUGAGGGGGACCAUUCGGGCGAUGAGCAUCCGGGCAAUCCGGAUAAUGCUAGAGAUACCCAAGUCCCAACGGAAUCAGACAUGCGCCGACUGAUGUUAGAAUCGAAGGACUCGUUGGAGCAGCUCGCCCAGAAGGCUGCACAGCAAGGACCACAAGCAGAUAAAGCGAGAUCCAUUUUGGUGACGCAUUGGCUCAUGGAGAACUAUGAACCGUGCGAUGGGAUCAGUAUCCCCCGACAGAAUCUAUAUGAUCACUAUUGUUCGUAUUGUCUCGAGCAUCGGAUCGAUCCUGUAAACUCGGCAUCAUUUGGCAAGCUCAUUCGGACGGUGUUCCCUGAUAUCAAAACUAGGCGACUUGGUACUCGUGGCAAAUCGAAAUAUCAUUAUUGUAACAUUCGAAUUCGAAGUUCAGCAACUCCCAUGCAGCGAUCUGCCGAAACGACAGCUGCGAUUGUUGCAGCAGCACAAGCGAGAAGAGAAGCUGAGGCACUUGCUCAACCCGCAGCAGCUGGCCUCGUCAUUGAUCAAGACAUGCUCCGUCUUCACCAACAGCAAUUGGACAAGGCUUUGGUAGCCAAGAUGCCAGAGCUACCUGAAAUUCUUGAAUCGCAGAUUCCAGCGGGGAUGAGUUACACAGCUGCCCGAGCACUGCUGGACGGCUACAAGGAACACUGCCAGAACAUUUUGCAAAGCGUCCAGUACAUGAAGUUCAACGAAGUGGAAACCAUUAUCAAGAGCUACUGGCAGAAUCUUCCUUCUGGAGACCGUGACAUUGUCAACAGCUCUGAAAUCGUAGAAUACGUUUGGAGAUACGAUUCCUUAUUGUACGAUACUAUCAUGAACCUUCUACUUCCAAAUGUGCUCCAAAUGAUGCCAAUUCAAAUCAUACAAGCAGUGCGACAAUUUGCGCGUCAACUGGAAGGGUGGAUGCUGAAAGCACUUGAAGGAUAUUCCCAGCUUUUAACUUCCAGGAAAAUUGAAGUGGCCAAAGUAUUCAUUCAGCAGCUGCGCCGACACACAUCUCUUAAUCAUCUGGCGCAGGCAGCCGCCGCAGUUCUAGACAAUCAAGAUCAGGUGAAUCAGAUGCUGACUGAUUGGAACAGAAUCGAUUUCGAGAACAUCCGCGAUCAGGCUUCCUGGGUCUGUGAAUGUCGAAAAGCAGAUAUCAUGCAAAUUAUGGAGAUCGAUUUUCGGCAAUUGCUUCAGACGGGGGGAAAGCUGGAGCAUUGGACAAACUGGCUGGAAACGGUCGUCAACCGCUUUUUGGAUGAGUCAUUAGAUCCCCAGCGCUACGUUUACGUUGCGCGCCAGUUCCUCCUCAAGUGGGCGUUCUAUAGCUCGUUAGCCAUGCGUGAUCUAACGCUACGGAGUGCGACAAGUUUUGGAUCCUUCCAUCUUUUGCGCCUUCUGUUCGAUGAGUAUAUUUUUUACUUGGUUGAGCAGCGCAUCGCCAACAUCAAAGCGUUUGAGCAACAGACGCAACAGGCCCAACCACAAGCCCAGGGUGUAGGACAGUGGUGACGGGGAUGGGAUGAAGAACUGGGGUGGAGUUCACGCAACGGCAUGCAAUAUGGCCCGUACAGUGGGAACUUGGUUAUUUUUGUUUCUUGUAGAAUUUAAUUUUUGUUCAUAGUUUUGUAUACGCUACUGUUCGAACUUUUUUUGGAUUCGUUCUGCUGUGCUUCUCUGGCAUAAUCCCCCAACUGCCCCUUCAUUGUAGCAUAUGCCGAAUCAUGCUUGCCAUCGUGCGGUGAACUUAUUCUAUGAAAACUAUAUACAGGUGU